GAAAAGGGCUGUCACAGGUCCCGGGGAACCCCAGGUGCCCAUUGGUCGCAGACGUGUCUCCGACCAGGGCUGCUGUGAGAAGGCGGGUUCGGCAGCCUCUCCCAAGGCGGGCAAGUCCCCUCUGCCUGCGGUGGCAGGGCCUCGGGCGCUGGACGGCCGAGGCGGAAGAGCCCAGAUCACUGUCUCCCUUAGUUGGCCCUUCCGGGAGCCGCCUGGUCUCUCGCAGGAAGGGGAAGGGGCCAGAGCUGGGGGAGGCGUGGCAGGAAGGGGGGAACUCUGUGGUCAGGGAGCUGUUCGCCCGGCACAGCUGCGCCCUCAGAGCUGCGGUCCCGCUCGCCGCCCCUCAGCCUGGCCAACAUGGUCCUGGCAGCGGUCCUGCUCCUACUCCUUUUGGUGGAACCAGCAGAGGCCCUGGGAGAGCCGCAGCUCUGCUACAUCCUGGACGCCAUCCUCUUUCUCUACGGCAUCAUCCUCACCCUGCUCUACUGCCGACUCAAGAUCCAGGUGCGAAAGGCAGCCACAGCCUACCAGAAGUCAGAAGGCAUUUACACGGGCCUGAGCCCCCGGACCCAGGAGACCUACGAGACCCUGAAGCAUGAGAAACCAGCACAGUAACUGCACACAGACGCCCUUGGUCAUGUUCUCCUCCUGCUCCGGGCUCCCCGCCCAGCCCCGCCACUGGCACCACGUAUGCUUCCUGCCACCAGUGCCCUCGGACCUGCCCCCGUGACGAUGCUGUGCCCCCAUGAAUGGGCCCCCUGGUUCGUCCGCCCUGCCGAAGGCCUGUGGCCAGACGCUCCUCAUUAAUGUUCACGUCCUAGUCUCCCGCGACCGCGCCCUCCCCCUUCCCCACCCCCAGCGCCUGCCGAACAAUGGAAAGGGGACGCCACCAAUAAAGCCCUGGAGCGGA